AUGAUUAACAACGAAAAUACAGCAAAACAAACUAGCGCCGCGGGGCGGAGGCGAGGAUGUGGCGCGGCAGUCGUAGCAGCGACGCCGUUCGCUCCCGUCGCGUCUGUCGCCGCUCGCGAUACUCGAAAAUCGAUGCAUGAUCCGCAACCUGUUUUCGACAAGAAACCAUACAUCUGGUGCAGUGGCCGCAUAGUUGUCGUUGUGCAUCGGAUCGUAGUGAUGUGA